UGGGAGCAGAGUGCUGCUUUCACAUGGUGUCACCAGCCCAGAGAGCGAGAGAAUGGGCUCCUCCGGAGUCACAGUGUACACUCUGUGGUGAGCCUGAAGAGGAAGAGGGUGUGGAUCUGCCCCAGGCUGGGAUCAGUUUCCCAGGGCCGGCCGAGGAGGAACUAGAUCAGCAGUACUCAUGGUCACCGUCUCCGCACUUCAAUGAAGAAAGGUACUCCCCUGCUUCGAGGAACAUGAAAGGAUUAGCUGGCGGUCGCAAUCCACCCCAGUUGUGUUCUGGCCAUACCUGUGGCUUAACGUCCCCCGACGAUUGCGAGCAUCUCCACGACCACCUUCAUCAUGGGCAGGAAGCGCGCCAGUCCUAUCUGCUCAGUCCUACGGAGAGCUGCCCCCUGGAUCACCACCGCUGUUCUCCCCGCAGCUCCAUCCACUCGGAAUGUAUGAUGAUGCCCGUGAUGAUGGGCGAUCACCUGUCCAGUAGCACUUUUCCCCGAAUGCAUUAUAGCUCACAUUUCGACACCAGGGACGACUGCGCCGUGACCCACACGAGUGCCAAGGUCAACCGCAUCCCGGCCAACCUCUUGGAUCAGUUCGAGAAGCAGCUUCCUCUGCACAGGGACGGGUUUCACACUCUACAAUAUCAGAGGACUUCGACGGCCGCUGAACCGCGGAACGAGAGCCCGGGGAGGAUCCGCCACCUCGUCCACUCGGUCCAGAAACUCUUCACCAAGUCCCAUUCUUUAGAAGGUUCGUCCAAGAGCAACGCCAACGGGACCAAGGGCGACGGCCGGGGGGAGGAUCACCAUCACGGCCACCACGCCAAACACAGCAAGAGGAGUAAAAGCAAGGAACGGAAGCCGGAGAGUAAACACAAAUCCGGAAUGAGCAGUUGGUGGAGCUCCGAUGAUAACUUGGACAGCGAUAGCACGUAUCGAACGCCCAGUGUGGUGAACAGGCAUCACGUCGAUCACAUUUCCCACUGCUACCCUGAGACCCUCCAGAGCCACUUUGGCGACCUCUCGCUGAAGACGUCCAAAAGUAAUAACGACGUCAAGUGCUCGGCUUGCGAAGGGUUAGCGAUGACCCCCGAUGGGAAGUACAUGAAAAGGAGUUCCUGGUCUACCCUGACCGUGAGCCAGGCUAAGGAAGCCUAUCGCAAAUCGUCACUGAACUUGGAUAAGCCUCUACUCCAUCAGGAAAUCAAACCUUCCUUGAGGUCUUGUCAUUACCUUCAGGUUCCUCAAGAUGAAUGGGGAGGGUACCCCAUUGGAGGUAAAGACGAACAGAUACCCUGCAGGAGGAUGAGGAGUGGGAGUUAUAUUAAAGCCAUGGGAGAUGAGGAGAGCGGAGAGUCUGACUCUAGCCCCAAAACAUCACCAAAAGUAGCAGUCCGACCAGAGGCAUUGUUAAAGUCCAUUGGACAGAGGCCGCUUGGAGACCACCAAACCCCAAGCUACCUACAAGCUGCAAGUGACGUGCCUGGUGGUCACGUCCUGGAAACCUCAGCAAACUACAACUCCCCUAAAUUCCGAUCAAGAAAUCAGAGCUAUAUGAGGGCAGUGAGCUUGCUCAGUCAGGCCAGCUGUGUCAGUCAGAUGAGUGAAGCAGAGUUAAAUGGGCAGUUUGAAUCAGUGUGUGAAUCCGUCUUUAGUGAAGUUGAAUCUCAGGCAAUGGAUGCCCUUGACCUCCCAGGAUGCUUCCGGACGAGAAGUCACAGUUACCUGCGAGCCAUUCAAGCUGGUUAUUCCCAAGAUGAUGAAUGUAUCCCUGCAAUGACAUCUUCCAAUAUCACCUCUACUAUCAGGUCAACCACGGCCGUGUCCUAUACAAGUUACAAAAAAACCCCACCACCGGUCCCCCCCAGGACCACCUCCAAGCCCCUAAUUUCCGUCACAGCCCAGAGCAGCACAGAAUCCACCCAAGACGCCUAUCACGAUAGCCGGACUCAGAGGAUCUGCCCGUGGCCCCAAGACGGCCGCGGCCUCUACAACUCCACCGAGAGUCUGGACAGCACCAAGGCCAUGAACCUGGCCCUGGAGACGGCGGCGGCCCAGCGCCAGGCCUCCGAGGGCAAGGCCGGCUCCGUGAGGACCAGCGACAAGGCCAUCUUGGUGUCCAAAGCCGAGGAGUUCCUGAAGAGCCGAAGAUCUUCCAUCGGGAUUCAGGUGGAAACAGCGACUGAUUCUGAUACUGAGAGCAGAGGCUUACGGGAAUACCAUUCGGUUGGUGUGCAAGUAGAAGAUGAAAAACGGCAUGGACGAUUUAAGCGUUCCAACAGUGUGACUGCAGCCGUUCAGGCUGAUCUGGAACUGGAAGGUUUUCCGGGACACAUAACGAUGGAAGACAAAGGCCUUCAGUUCGGUUCAUCAUUCCAGCGCCAUUCGGAACCCAGCACGCCCACCCAGUACGGGGCAGUGAGAACUGUACGGACACAGGGACUUUUCAGUUACAGAGAAGAUUAUCGGGCCCCGGUAGACACGUCCAACCUCCCCCCGCCUGAUCCUUGGUUGGAGCCAGCCAUCGACACGGUGGAAACCGGCAGGAUGUCUCCAUGUCGACGCGACGGGACCUGGUUUAUGAAAUUGCUGCACACGGAGACAAAGAGGAUGGAGGGAUGGUGUAAAGAGAUGGAAAGAGAAGCAGAAGAAAAUGAUCUCUCUGAAGAAAUUCUAGGUAAAAUCAGGAGUGCAGUUGGAAGUGCUCAGCUUCUUAUGUCUCAGAAAUUCCAGCAGUUUUACUGGCUUUGUCAGCAAAAUCUGGAUCCCAGCGCUAUGCCAAGGCCAACAUCCCAAGACCUAGCGGGAUUCUGGGACUUAUUGCAGCUUUCGAUUGAAGAUGUCAGCAUGAAGUUUGAUGAACUACACCAACUGAAGCUCAAUGAAUGGAAGAUAAUGGAAUCACCGGAAAGAAAGGAAGAAAAGGUCCCCCCUCCUGUACCAAAGAAGCCCCUCAAAGGGAAAUUUCCUAUUACGAGAGAAAAGUCUCUAGACCUCCCUGACAGGCAACGUCAAGAAGCUAGGAGACGUCUCAUGGCCGCUAAAAGGGCCGCUUCCUUCCGGCAGAGUCCAGCGACGGAGAGAGCGGACAGCAUCGAGAUCUACAUUCCAGAGGCCCAGACCAGGCUUUAAAGACAGAACGCGGCAAAAUUUCCUUUUUCUAAACGAAAUGCUCGGACGGUUUGUCACUUACCCGGUAAUUUUUGUCUCAUUUCCCUCCCCUGAAUAUGCCCUCGCUGUUGUGUUCUUCGUGCCAUAAGCACAGUGGAAUGCUUUUGAUUUCCUCAGAGUCGCUGAGCUCAUUGCAAGAAUGACUUCUUUUGUAUUUACCGUCCGACUUACAAUCAGCUACGAUGGAUAGGGCUCGUCGAGACCUGUCUUCUCCAAGAUGUUCUCAGAGGACCCCGAGAACCACCUCUGGUGAUGGAACCCAGCUUACAUGUUUUCUUAUUUAUAUUUUUUAUAAAUUGUGUGAUAAUUAGGAAUAAGAAUAACAAACUAUAAAUGGGUGCAUCUCACCAUCCAAUAGCGACAUUAGCUGACCCAACUAGAAGGUGCUGAAGUGGAAAGGGCAAGAAAGAAAAAGCCCGGCUAUCUCUCUGAUGAACCGUUGUCCCCUUGAAUCCGGCUCUGCCAGACGGAUGGAUCGUUUCUAUUGCUAAUAGAAGGCAUCUAGACAGCUCCUGUCAUGUCAGGUUUAUGGCAAUGAAGUUCACGUAGUGAUCACCAGUCAGUAAAACCCCCAAAAUAGUGCUGUCUCAAAAGUCCAGAAGCAUAUGAAGCUGAGUUUUCAAAGACUACCCAGGUAGAAUUUUUUUUUCCCCCCUGGUAUCAGAAUUACCAUCUUCAAAAAUCUGAGUUUAAGUCAAAUGCGUGAGGACUUGAGCGAGGGGUUGAAAACGAGAUAGGGGCUUUAAAAAACUAGCUCUCCUGGUAGCAAAGAGUGGCAAGUGAAAAGUUAUACUUACUCCUACGAAACAAUCAUUGCAUUUUUAUCACCCCUUCGUGAUUAAAGAAAUUCACCUAUAUGUCAUAUUUAAUUUCACAUGUUCUGCUACCUGCUGUAUCAGUUGAGUUUCCAGGGUAUCCUUGAAAAAAAAAAAGUUUGCUUGUUUAAAAUGCCAGUUGUGAUGUUGUAACCUGUUUAAGAAAUAUGAAUGUGAGUGGUAAGUAUAUCUCAGUUUAAAUGGUAAAGGUGAAACGUGGUUUACAUUUGUAAUUUUUCAGAGCUCUUUUUCCUAUGCAGUAUUAGCUAAGGCAAGAAUAAAAUUCUUGCCUGUUUCAGACAAAAAGAAAAUGAUUCAAGUGUUCAGUGACUUCCGGCCCACGGAAUUUUAAGGACACUAACAUCACCAUUCCUCUCCGCUAAAGCAGUAUUGCAAUGUUCACGAAUCCGAUUUAAAGCCAGAAAAAAAAGAGGAACGUCUCCACCCGAGUUUAAAUCUGUAUUUGGAUUAGUUGAAAAAUACUCCUUUUCCAACAUCCCUUUGAGAAUGAACAGGUCGGCUCAAAGAUGUCUUCAGAUGAAGACGUACAAAACAGUGUCCAGUUGAUCCCCGUGUUAGCGAUCUGACCAUGACAUUAAAGUAGAAUUGAAAUAAGGGAAGGAGAGUCUCAGCUGCCAUGUUUUCUGUUUAGUGAAUAUCAAGUACUCAGCCUGAGAUGGAAUAGGUAUUCACUCAAUCUCUAGCACUUUGGUUUUUCACCUUGACAAGCACUUUAAAUAUGUACUCGACUCACUCUGCAAUCUGCCACAUCAACAAGAACAUAGCUUAGGUUACAUGGUUUGGCAUUAAAUAAAAGCUACGUUGUCCUCCCACUUUAUUUGGUUUUUUUUUUUUUUUUUGGUUCCAAAUAUGUUCCACAGAGCAUGAGGUCCAUUUGGAACAGUUGAUAUAUAAGCAUGUUCUGCUUUGAGAUCUGACUUUUUAAAGCUGAGUAGAUAGGAAUUUUCUGUAAGGACAAACCCUGUAAAUUGAGCCUCAUAUCUGGUAUAUAUUUUACCAAACCGCCUUAAACUCUAUUUGGAAGCAAAAACGAAAUGAAUGUAUAAUCUUGAAAAAUGCAAAAAAAAAAAAGCUCCCUAACAUAUUCUUCUACAAAGAAAUCUUAUAUCACCAGAGUAUUCUAGGCAUUUUCUAUAGAAAGAAAGAGCUGAAUCCCUGGGUAGUGAAUAAUACUGAUGCUGCUUUCUGUACUUAUUGUAUUAUGUUAAAUACAAAUGUAUUUGCAGGUAUUGGCCUUUUAGUCUUUAAAAUGAUAUUUUAUUUAAGGUUGAGCUGCUAAUUAGAAAUACCCACAGUAAGACAGAGCCAAUGUACUUCCUAGAUGGGAAAUUUAACGUGUGCAUCAUACAUGCACACACACACAUACGCACACACACUGGCAGCUGAUAUAUUUUAUCUAAUUUCCUUAAACAGAUUCAAAUCUUGUAAUGACCUAUAAAAAUUAGAUUGUAACCAUUAAGUUUAGUUCCCAGAAGUUUUAGCAUUAUAACGACUUAAGGAGGUUACGAGGAUGUUCGUUUUACAUGAGAUUUCAAUUGAUUUUGGCAUUUCAUGGUUUCAGUGGUUUAUCCAGCCAUUAAAAGCUCCUAGGCUAAAUUGGCCUUAGAUGACAAAUUCAACACCGGUGAAUUUUACAAUGUUCAUGUCCUCAUUCUCUGUUAAGUAUGCAUUUUGGAAUAUGUAUAAUUCCAUGUUUGGUCCACUAAUGUUCCAAAGAUUAUUUUAAAAGUUUCAACAAAUGCCUGCUGCUAAAUAUGAUAAAAUGUUACCUGUGCAUGUUAUAUUUUCAAG